AUGGACUCAAGGGAACCGACUCUGGUCCGCGAUGACUCUCCAAUUGCACACGAGGCAGUUCUUCUCAACUACAAGGCUAUGGUGCUCUUCAGCCCGUUAGGAGACAUUUCGAAGACUCUCGAGACCCUUCCAGCGAAUCCGGAGCUAUUGCUGAAGUAUCAAGCUGGAAGCCGAAAGCACACCCUGGCGAUACCUCCCCCAGCUCAGCCCAAAUACGGAUUUUUCGGAUUGGUCGUUGUCAUUCAACUCCCACCGGCAAAACUCUCUCCAUACCCUUGGGAGAAUUUCUAUCACCGUCCACACUCACGCGGAGAAGACCAUCAUUACUUGAUGCCCUUAGGUUUUGAUUACACUAUUCAUUAUCUAUUAUCAGAUAUCCCAAUUCAUACACCCACGCCUGUGACAAGAUAA